UUGGAGAAAUUCAUCCAUCCUCUUACUGGGACUGCCAUGGAGUGGAAAAUUCUUCCCAUUUACUUGCUGCUGCUGCUUUCUGUUCUCUUGAUCCAGCAAGUGUCUUCUCAAGAUUUAUCAAGCUGUGCAGGGAGAUGCGGGGAAGGGUAUUCUAGAGAUACCCCCUGCAACUGUGAUUAUAACUGUCAACACUACAUGGAGUGCUGCCCUGAUUUCAAGAGAUUCUGCACUGCGGAGCUUUCCUGCAAAGGCCGCUGCUUCGAGUCCUUUGAACGAGGGAGGGAGUGUGACUGCGACGCCCAGUGUAAGAAGUAUGGCAAGUGCUGCUCCGAUUACGACGAUUUCUGUGAAGUGCUUAACCCCACACCACCGCCGUCCGCAAAGGCCGCACCUCCGCCUGCAGGAGCACGUCAACCCAUCAAAUCAACCACCAAACGCUCACCCAAACCAACAAACAAGAAGACGACUAAGAAAGUUAUAGAAUCAGAGGAGAUAACAGAAGAACAUUCUGUUUCUGAAAACCAAGAGUCCUCCUCCUCCUCUUCUUCUUCCUCUUCAAGUAUUCGGAAAAUCAAGUCCUCCAAAAAUGCAGCCGCUAAUAAAGAAUUAAAGAAGAAACCCAAAGUAAAAGAUAACAAGAAACAACCCCCUAAGAAGAAACCUGCCCCGGAACCACCGGUUGUAGAUGAAGCUGGAAGCGGAUCGGACAACGGUGACCUCAAGCCCACCACAGCUCCUAAUGUGCCCACCACCCAAAGCAGCAAAGUUACCACAACCUCCAAAGUUACAGCCGUGACAACUAACAACCCUAAACCCAGUCCGUCGCCCAAUUCUGAAACAUCCAAAGACACAACAGCCAAUAAGGAGACAACAGUUGAAACUAAAGAGACUUCUAAAACAACUAAAGAGUCUUCAGUUAGUACAUCAGAGAAGACGACUUCAGGUAAAGAGACGCGAAGUGCAGAGAAAACAUCUAAAGAUUUGGAAGCCACUGAAACUACAACCGAAUCUCUUACUCCCACCCCCCCCAAGGAACCUACAACCACCCCCACUACCACCAAAAAGCCUGAACCCCCUGAACCCACCACACCCAAAAAGCCUGAACCCACCACACCCAAAAAGCCUGAACCCACCAACCCCAAGGAGCCUGAACCCACCAACCCCAAGGAGCCUGUACCAACCACCCCUAAGGAGGCUGCACCCACCCCACCCAAGGAUCCUGCUCCAACCACCGCGGAGGCCUCUACCCCGGCUACCCCCAUGAACGCUGUAGAACUCACACCAAAGGCUCUUGAAAACAGUCCCAAGGAGCCCACUCUACCUACAACCGAGGCUCCUGAAGGGACCAAACCUGAAAUGACCACCACAGCGAAGGAUGAGACAACAGAAGGCACGCACACCACAACGGAAAUCACAACGGCUACAUCUAAGAGUACAACAAAAGAGACAGCGACUCCAACGGAAGACGAGACCACUGAAUCCAAAACCAGUACAACUGUGAAGGUAACCACCACAACCAAGGACACCACGACAUCGGCCAAAGUGACUCCUAAGGAAACAACGCCUGAACCCAAAGUGACGACUGCCACAAAAAAGACAACCACAACUGAAGAGACUGUGAACACCUCUGAAGAAACAGUAACUGAAUUGGAAGAUACAGCUACUAGUUCUAAAGUGACAACUGCUAAACCCCCAAAGCCAACCAAAGCGCCCCAGAUGCCCACUACUACCAAAAAGCCAAACACAACACCUAAAGUGAGGAAACCAAAGCCCACGCCAUCUCCUCCAAAGGUGCCCACGUCAACAGUGCCUACAGUGGACCCCGCCUCCUCGGAGGAAGCCCUGCUUCAGACCACCGCCAGCUCUGACCCAGCUCCUAACCCAGAGGAUGAAAACCCAGAGGAUGAAAAGCCAGAGCAGGAAGACGCAGAUGCUGCUGAGGAGGAAAAACCUGACGUGAUCCUCAGGCGCCCUGGGUUAACUCCUAUCGUCGUCCCAGGCGCUGACUUCAUAGUGAGGGGACUCAAUCAGGGCAUUGACGUCAACCCCAUGCUUUCAGAUGAGACUAAUUUAUGCAACGGUAAACCGGUAGAUGGACUGACUACUCUGGCCAAUGGGACACUAGUUGCAUUUAGAGGUCAUUAUUUCUGGAUGCUCAGUCCACGCAGUCCGCCGUCUCCUCCUCGGAGGAUUACUGAAGUCUGGGGCAUUCCCUCUCCCAUCGACACUGUUUUCACCAGGUGCAACUGUGACGGAAAAACUUUCUUCUUUAAGGAUUCUCAGUACUGGCGUUUUACCAAUGACGUAAAAGAUGCUGGGUACCCCAAACAAAUUGUGAAAGGAUUCGGAGGACUGAAUGGAAAAAUAGUGGCAGCACUUUCAGUACCUAAAUAUAAGGAAAGACCCGAAUCUGUGUACUUUUUCAAGACAGGUGGCAGAGUUCAGCAGUACACGUACAGACAGGAACCCAAUAGAAAGUGCUCUGGGAGGAGGCCUGCCCUGAAUUACCCAGUCUACGGAGAAAUGACACACGUUAGGAGGCGUCGCUUUGAACGGGCUCUCGGACCUCAAACACACACCAUCAGAAUCCAAUACUCGCCGCCCGUCAGAGUCGUUUAUCAAGACAGAGGUUCCCUCCACGAUGAAGUUAAAGUGAGCGCACUGUGGAGAGGACUCCCCAGUUUGGUGACUUCAGCUAUAUCACUGCCCAACGUCAGAAAACCCGAUGGCUAUGACUACUAUGCCUUUUCUAAGGAUCGAUCCUACAACAUCGACGUGCCCAGCAGGACAGCGAGAGCCAUCACUACUCGUUCUGGGCAGACCUUAUCCAAUGUCUGGUACAACUGUCCUUAGGCCGACGGGCAAGGAACAGGCAGGAAAGCAAAGAACGAUAAACUUGACACUGAAAUACCUUUUAUUAAUAAAGAAUGUUGAGAUAAGCAUA